AGAGCCGCCCGCGCGGGAGAGGUUGCGCGACAGCAGCGCCCAGGGCCGGAGGCGUCCAGGCAGCAGCGGUGGGGGCGGGAGGAGGGGACCCUGGCUUCGCAGGGGGCCCGGCUGGGGCCCACGCAAGGAGCCUGGGGGGGCGCUGGUCUCGGCCCCGCCUGGGGCAGGAUGGUGAACCUGGAGCUCAUGCACUCAGAUAUCAAGAUGAGCGGGGACGUAGCCGAUUCCACAGAUGGUCACGGUGCCCUCAGCCAGGUGGACACAGGAAAUGAUCGAAACGGCCUAGAUUUCAACAGGCAGAUUAAAACCGAGGACCUCAGCGACUCCCUGCAGCAGACACUCUCGCACCGGCCAUGCCCCCUGAGCCAGGGACCUGCCAUGAUGCCCGGAAGCCAAGUGUCUGGGGACCUGCCGUCCCUCCAUCCCCUCCAGCAGCUCGUGCUGGUGCCCGGCCACUUGCAGUCCGUCUCGCAGUUCCUGCUCUCGCAGACUCAGCCGGGGCAGCAAGGUCUGCAGCCCAAUCUUCUCCCCUUCCCACAGCAGCAAAGCCCCCUGCUCCUCCCACAGCCUGGACCCGGCCUGGCAUCCCAGGCUGUCGGGCGCCCGGGGCUGCCGGGACCCUCCUUAGACCCCCACCUGGAAGUGCCCCAGCAUCUCCCGGGGCCGAAGCAUCUGCCUGGUUCUGGGGGCGCUGAUGAGCCCAGCGACCUGGAGGAGCUGGAGAAGUUUGCCAAGACCUUCAAGCAGAGGCGCAUCAAGCUGGGCUUCACACAGGGGGACGUGGGGCUGGCGAUGGGGAAGCUGUACGGCAACGACUUCAGCCAGACCACCAUCUCACGGUUUGAGGCCCUCAAUCUGAGCUUCAAGAACAUGUGCAAGCUCAAGCCGCUGCUGGAGAAGUGGCUGAGCGACGCCGAAGCCUCCCCGGCGGACCCCUCGGUGAGCACCCCCAGCGCCGGCCCCGCCUUCACCGAAGUGUUCGGGAGGAAGAGGAAGAAACGCACCAGCAUCGAGACCAACAUCCGCCUGACCCUGGAGAAGAGGUUCCAGGAUAACCCCAAGCCGAGCUCAGAGGAGAUCUCCAUGAUUGCAGAGCAGCUGUCCAUGGAGAAGGAGGUGGUGAGGGUCUGGUUCUGCAACCGACGCCAAAAGGAGAAGCGGAUCAACUGUCCUGUGGCCACACCCAUCAAGUCACCUGUCUACACGUCCCGUCUGGUCUCUCCCUCCGGGUCUCUGGGCCCCCUCUCCAUCCCUCCCGUCCACAGCACCAUGCCUGGAACAGUGACCUCGUCCUGUUCCCCUGGGAGCAGCAGCAGGCCCUCCUCGCCCAGCGCAGGCCUCCCCACUUCUCAGCACAACGCCAAGGCAGCGGCCAACUCCUCCAGCCUUGGCGCUUCAGGGCCCUGGUACCGAUGGAAUCACCCCACCUACCUGCACUGAGCCGCGGGCAGCACCUCCGCCCCACAGACGCUCCCAAGCGAGCGGAGGGCACCACCACGAGCCUGAGCUUGCCUUCUCCAGACAAGGCUUCGGAGGCCUAGACCACGACUGGCUCGCGUGGGGCCCCCAUGCCCUGGAAACACGUCCAUCCCGGAGCUGGCCUUCCUGCCCGGCCCGUCGCUAGUUCUGUUUCAGGCAGCGUUGCUGCCCAGGCCUUUCUGAGAAAGGACAUCUCGCCUUUGUUCUCUGCCUCUUCCGGGGACAGCACGCUGGGUGCCAGCCAGCAGGGUUCCAGCUCCUGGGACAGCCACGCUGGGUGCCAGCAGGUUUCCAGGUCCUGUGACUGCCACGCAGGGUGCCAGCCAGCAGGGUUCCAGCUCCUGGGACAGCCACUCUGGGUGCCAGCAGGUUUCCAGGUCCUGUGACUGCCACGCAGGGUGCCAGCCAGCAGGGUGCCUGCUCUGAGCGCCUUCUGAACCCGGGAGGAGCUGUGAAUCUGCCGCCUCGGGCAAAGCCUCACCGUUUCCUCUGCUCAGCAGCUUUUUCUGACUGAAUCUCUUUCACCCGGUUUCUCCGUGGCCCUGCCCCCUUGCAUGGGACCAAACCCACUCAUGCUUUCGUUCUCGAAGUGCCCUCCUCUUUAGAGAAGGACAGGUCCCUCCGUCCGGGCGUUUCUCUGCCCCCCGAGGCUCCCUGCCAGCUACACCUGUCACCAAGCCAGGAGCUUGUCCCUCCCACCUGCCCUCAGCUCAGCCUCCCUCCGUCUCCCGGCUGCAGAAGGAAGAACAAUGAUGCUGUCACAAUGCCUGUAUAGAGCCCUCUCCUGUUUUUUUUGUUGUUGUUUUUUUCCAUUAUGUUCUUCUCUCCUUACUGCAGAAUUUUCCAGCAAAAUGUUUAACUCAGGUGUGAAUUUCAAACGUGUCUCUGUAGUAUUUUAUUAUCUUU